AAAAGUUAUUCUGAUAAGGAAUUAUUGGAAACUCUUCUACCUAAAUUUUCCCAGGAUGUGUCUUUAUGGGACUUUUUUGUUGCAAAGUGUAGGAAAAAAACUGACAGUUUAAGCAUUUUUGAGAUGCUAAAAGAAUUUGAAAAAUUUGUAGUCGAGAUGCGAAAGGUAUGCCUAAACUGUCUGUCACCAGCAAAUUUAGAUGAGAACCAAGGAAAAACAAUCAUAAAUAUAUCUAGUAAACAAAUUGCUGGAGCUUUAUUGUUGGAUACAGGAGCAUAUGUUGUAAAAGAUUCGAUGAAUGCUUCUUCAGAUAGUAAACUAGCUGAAAAAUGUUUUACAAAUGUUGCUGCAAAUUCAACUACAGAAUUAGAAUUACCAGUUGAUGUUAUAAGCCCUCUGGUAAAGAGGAAACGAAUGGAUCCAAAUGUGGAAGAUGUUAGUGAAGGCCUACCUGAACAGAUACUUAGUGAUGUGGUUCAUGAAGGAGAUAGCUUAGAAUUACCUUUGCCAGAAAAUUUCUCAGAGACUUCUGAUCUUCGGCGGCAAGAAGCUCUAAGUACUUCUCUCUCUAGAGCAGAUGUACAUACAGAUAUUACCUCAAAAGCUUUAUUUGACCUUAGUAGUUCUACAACUGUGACUCCUAGUUCUUUAUCAUCAGGCUGCUUGAGUGCUAUAAAUUCUUCAAAAAAUCAAAGUAUCAACAGUACAUUUUUAACAACCAGUGGAACUCAACAUAUGCAAAAUAUUCAAGUAAAAAAAGUUCAUUUGUUUGGCUCUCAGCAGCAGCAACUGUUAUCAAAUGAUGAUCCUGCAUUAUCAGUGAGUAGUUUCAGUAUGUCUACCGAUCUGCCAGAUUUCUCUACACAGUCACAAAUCAUUAAUAAAGAUCCACCUAUGGCUUUAAGACAAAUUGAAAUUUGUGAUAACCCUGAAAGAGCAAGUAAGCAUGCUUUUCAAGGCAUAUCUCUAGAUACAAAUAUUGAUAUUUUUAAUUCUUGUCAAGAACUUCAAACUCAAACUGUCAUAAUGAAUAAUACUCAAACUUCCGCUCAUUCAGUACCUGCAGUUUCCAUUAUAAAUAGCAAUAUUCAUAACGGAACUAUACCAAAUGAUUCUCAGAAUGUUGCUCUUGAAACUGCUGUUUCCCGGAGUAUUGUUAGCUGCUUACCGGUUUCAGAAGUUAUUGGUUCACUUCAGAAUUCUUCUUGUAUUGUGACAGAUAAUGGAAUACCAUCUGAAGUUAAUAUUAACACUGCGGCAGUUGAGGAACCCAGAGAACUUGAGGUAACCACGCACAAUGAAAUACCUGAAGCUACAAAACCUUUAGAAUCUUCGACUGUUCUCAGACAUCUUAUGCUCCCUGAUGGUCAGGUUAUUGGUUUAUGGUCACAAAUAGGAGAUUCAGAAAAAACUUUAAGUGAGCAGCAUAUUCAGGGUUAUUUGCCAGGGAACUUGAUCAUUUUACAAAACCCAAAUGGAUCUGUACAAGUGCCUAAUGACCAAGCUGUCCCUUUAGAGACAUUGCAAACUCUAGUUACAGUUGACCCAGGGUCAGUGAGCCAAACAGGGACACAUACAUAUACCACAGUGCAACAUAUGUAAUAUUUAUUUAUUUAUUUAUUUGUUAAAUAUUGUAAUGAAACUUUUGUACAGUGUUUUAAAUGUAUUACAUUUCAAAAUGUUUUUAGCUUGAUGAGUGAAGUAUGUGAAAUUUUAUAUGAAUACUUCUUAGGUGAAUCUAUGGAUAAACAACAUAAUGUAAUUAUUUGAAUAAUAUUUUGAGACCUAGCCAGUAACAUUUUGAUAAACUAGAGGUGAUAUUCUACUGGUUACAUAAAUUUUUAUAGUAUAAAUAAAUGAUAAUUUGUUAAUGAUAAUUUAAAGCCGUAAUUUUAUUAAUGAUUUAGUUGUAUGGCUGUGUUUUAGAGUAUAUAUUAUUUUAAAAUAUGGUUUCAAUUCCAUUUUAUAUCAUUAUCUUUUAUUUUAAAUAAUUUGUCUAAUUCAAGAUAAUAAUUUCAGUAGAUGAAAUGUUUAAAAAAUUGUGUCUUGAACUUUUACUUAAUUGUUUUUUAAAUUAUUUUUCUGAAAUGUAGUUAAACAUAGAAUUUUCUGGAUAAGAACUUGUAUUAUUUUGGUGUCAUUUAAAAUCCAUAUGGAGAUGCAAUUGCAAAAGAAAUCCCUUUCUUUUGUUGUUCUUCAUUACUUCUAUGUUCUUUGUUAUAAAAUAUAAGUAAGGGAGAUAUUUUAAAUCAAGAAUAGCCAUAAAGUUAGAAAAUAAGCUGGAAGAUUUUAUGGAUAGGCACAAAAUGAAACUGGGGGGGGGGAUCUCUUAAGGUAGUUUAAUUAUGUAGUCAGAUAUCUGCUGUACUAUAUUUAUUAUUCUUUGUUUACUAAUUUAAGAGAAUCUUUCCCCUUCAUUUUUACUCCUGUAACUUGUCUUAUAGCAAAAUAUUUUAAGCUUUUAAUUAUUUUAAACUUUUGUGUGUGUGUCAAAUACCAUGUAUUUAAAAAUUCUAUAUUGGAAGGAAUUAAGUAAGUCCACAUGGAAGGGAAUUAAACUUUUGAGAAAGGUAAUUUGAAUAUAGAUUGGGUUUAUGUAUCAUAAAGUGAAUUAAACAAAAUGAAAUCUGAAAAAUCACGGUGAUGGUACUGUUAUGAAAAUAGUAUUGGAAAUAAAAGGCCUUUAUUUGAUUUCAUUGUAAUGGCAUUGAUUUUGAUAUGCUAAUAAUUUUUCUGGGUGGUUAAUUGUAUAAAAAUUCUUUUGAAAUGAAAUAAUUCUGAUUUACCCACUAAAAACCACAUUAAAAAAUUGCUAAGGUCAGAAUUUUGGCAGGUUGUUCAUCUGCUAAAAUCUAAAUGAAUGGCUUGGGCAGUUGUACCUUUUAUUGAUGUUCUUGUUGGGUUGCUGUACUUUUGAAAACUAAUGUUCAAAUUUGUGGAAGAUUAAAAGGAAAGUAUUUAUUACAACAUAAUCUUGUGCCAAUUUCUAUAACUUCUGAUAUUUUAAGGCUUUUUUUGUGCCAUGAUUCUGGGUUUUUUUCUCAUUUAGUUACUGAUUUUAGAUAUUCUAAUGACUGUUUUCCUGAAGUGUGCUUUUUUCUUCGCUUGUUAAUACAUACAAGAUUUAUAAUUAUUUUUCUUAGUUUGACAAUCUUUUUUGAUAAAUUUCUAAAGAUCAAAUUGAUGUAUUAAGUUUCAGUAUUUGUUUCUUCAUCAAGGAUGGGAAUUGUUUGUAUGACUCAUGUAUCUGCUGUGUUUGUGUUGCCGUCCAGUUUGUCUGUUUGUAACAAUUUCUGGGUGGAUGGUGUUGGAGAUAUGGCAAGUUUAUAUUCAAAUCUUCUGAAAAGUGAGUUGAUGUAUGGAAAAGGUUAGUCAAUUUUCUAAUGAAUUUACUUUUGUUCGAGUGUUGUAUCAUAGCAGUUUUACUUUUCUGAAUUGGUUGCAAAAAUGAUUAACAAAAGAUAAUUUAUUCCUGCAAUUAAUUAAAGACUUCUACAGCUAAUUUUAAAAAUGUAAAUUUGCUAUUUAAUAUAGUAACGGAAGAGGAAUAUAUUCAUUGCAACAUUGCCCUACUAUUCCUAUACAUCAGUUCUUCUUCUGACCUUAGCAAUGUUUUAGAAUAGGUUUUAAUAUGAAAAUGAAGACUUUUUUAUUUUAACUGGAUGUGCCUUUUGAUUCCCCAGUGUCCCUUUGGAAUGUUAUAAUAUUUUGUCUGUAAUCGUAAAGACUAGUUUUCUGUUUAAGUAUUUUUCUGAAGUAAAAACUUAAUUGGUGUUGAAAGAUCUAUUUCUUCUGAUAAAUUUAUUCAUUGAAUACUUUAAAUGUGUAUCAUAUAUUUUGUUUACUCUUGAAAAAUACUUCACUUACUGAACAUAAAUUAAAAUACAGUACAGUUUGUUGUUUUUAAUUGUGCUGUAUUGAUUUCACAGCAAAGUUCUGAACUACAAUAUUAAAAAAUGAUUUUAUACUCAGCUGUCAGAAAAGUAGAGAAGAAAUUUUGUUUAAUGUUUUUGACCAGUGUAUUCAUAAUAUACUAGACAAAUUGGACAAAUACCUUGGCUCAUUUAUAUUUCAGGUAAUGAAAUGUGUAUCUUACACAUGUGUGUUUCAGGUCAUGAAGUGUAUGUGUGUAUAUAUAUGCACUGAUAUA